UCGAUGACUUUGUCUACCAUUAUACGCACGAUAACAUCUACUCGUACAUUUUCGACUCCCUCCACUUGACAAAGUAAUCUUAAUCGACGGGUCAAAGAAUAAACGUCAUUCAGUUCUCUUCAGUUUUUUUUUGUGGAAAUAUUUACAGUUCUCAAAAGAAGUUUUCUCUUUGAAAAUUAAGAAAAGGGUGGCAAGCCGAAUAAAAGUCGUGGAAAACAUCAUGUACAACCAACACAAAGUUAUUGUGAUUAUUUACUUGCUUGCAUUCAGUGCGACAACAAAUGCCGGCGAGACAAAUGCACAUCGAAACGAUGAUUGGACGAUCGGAGAUGUGUUAAAGUAUGGAGCAAUGGCUGCUGUCGGAGGUGUUGGAGCUGUUAUGGCUGCGCCUGUUGUACUUGCAACUGCUGGGUUUACUGGAGUAGGCAUUGCUGCUGGAUCCGUUGCAGCAGUGGCACAGGCUGGUAUUGGUAACAUUGUUGGAGGCAGUGUAUUUGCAGCCCUACAAAGUGCCGGUGUUGCUGGUCUGGGUGGAUUUGCAUCGACCGUUCUUGCGACUGGAGGUGCGGCUAUUGGAGCAAUGGUUGCAAAGGUUUCGGACAAAAAAGAUGAUAAAAAAGACUGAAAUGCAAACGCGUUUUCGGGUGAUAUCGAUUCGUGAACGUACAGCUAGAGAACACAAAUUGUGAUUAUACCAAGACAACAUUCCUAGUUGACUUGAUAAUUAAUAAAACAAAAGUAGAAAAACAA